AGAAAUCAACAAAAGAAAAACUAACUCAACAUCCUAAGAUAGAGAGAAGGAGAGAGGGGAAAAGACAAAAAACCUGAUGAAGAUGAUCGAAGAGAGAUUCCUCUAAGAUCAUCUUAGAGAAAAAGGCAGCAUUACAACAAACAAACUGAAUAACAAACCUCUAAUUACAUUGAUCAUUGAUUAUUAUUAUUCUUUUUGGGAUAAUAAUAAUCAUAAUUAUCAAUUAAUUAUUUGUUUAAUUAAUCACAUUUUGCUGCCUUUUUUUUCUUGAUUCAUUCAGGGUUGUUGUUCUCAAUCCCCCCACUCCCCACCAUCCACUUGCAUUGCAUCAUUCUUGAUUUCUUAGAAGGAAUUCCUUUUCGUCGCGCUCAAACCAAACAAACCACAUUGUUGUUGGGAAUCAUCUUGGAAGAAGAUAUACUGAGGUUUCUAAUGUAUUUGUUGAGGGGAAGGUUGUAAGGAAGAAAAAAAAUUGAAAUAUGAGAGACCCUGAAGUUAUCUUUGGACCCAAGAGCUGCAUUUGUUUUUGCUUUCCAUUGUAGGAUACAAGUUUUGCCUAGUUUAUUAGUUACUUUCAUCUCAAAAGCCUGAAGGGUUUCUCUAUACAGAUAAACCUGCCAAAUUUUGUACAUAUGAUUUCGUAUAAUCAUAUAGCUUCUGGUUUGUAAAGAGCGGUACGAAUUCGCGGCGGUGGCUGUUGCGUUCUUACUCAAAUGGAAUGCAUAUGCGAUCGGUUUGGAUUUUGGCUCAGAGUUUGUGUUGGCUUGAUUUCUCUCUGGGGAGUUCAACGCUGUUGGUCUCUCAACGACGAAGGAAUUGCUUUGUUGGAAUUUCGGGUAAAAAUAACUUAUGAUCCUUAUGGUGCUCUGGGGAAUUGGAAUCCAAAUGAUUCCGAUCCUUGCAAGUGGUCGGGUGUUCGAUGUGUUGAUGGUAAAGUGCAAACGCUGGACUUAAAUGGACUAUCAUUGGAAGGGACAUUAACUCCUCAUCUUGGGAAACUUAAUCACUUGAAAUCUAUUGUGUUACGCAAGAACAAUUUUUCUGGUGCCAUUCCGAAAGAACUUGGAGAUCUAGACAAUCUGGAGUUGUUGGAUUUAAGGGAGAAUAACUUGAUUGGAAAUAUCCCCGCAGAAGCCGGGAGGAUGCUGUUGAAACAAUUGUUGGUUCAUGACAAUAAAUUUGAAGGUAGCAAUUCUCAAGCACUCGAGAACAUGGGACUGCCUUCUAAAUCACUAGUUAUCGAGAACUAUUCAUCGCCCCUGGCAAAUUUGUUUCAGUGCAAGAAUAGAAAGUUUGCAUACUGCGCGUGGUAUAGAGAUCUCAAGCAAUGGAACAAGGCAGAGUUUUUGGCAGUUCCAAUUAAAGGAGCACUUAAAAGAUAUCUCAAUGUCAUGGCUCUACCACUGUUCAAGCUAGGAAAGGCUACAUCUCAUGGUUAUGCAGAGAAUUACUGUGCCGGUCUUCCUAGUUCUGGCGAGUUGGAGAUUGGCUCAAAUUUAUCAAAUCUGAUCAGUUCUGCACGUCGUAGGUUGCUUGAUCAGUCCAGUAACCUCGCAGCUGCACCUUACAAUGGACCCGUUAUACAGAUCAGUUAUCUUCCAAUUACCACAAGUAGUGGAUCUUUCUCCGCUGUGCCAGAUCCCAAUAAGAAACAAAAUCAGUCCCUUGCACCACUCAAUUCAUCUGCUGGUUCUCAAACAAGUGAACCAAAUUCAGCUAAUGGUGCUCCAAGAAAACUCUGGAAAUAUGUUAUUAUUAUCUCUGGUGUCGUUAUCUUGGUUAUUUUUAUUGCGAUCUUGCUUUGCGUCUUGCGAAAACGAGCUGCAAAAGCUAUAAAGCCCUGGAAGACAGGAAUAAGUGGACAGUUGCAAAAGGCAUUUGUAACAGGGGUCCCAAAGUUGAAUCGAUCAGAGUUGGAGACGGCAUGUGAAGAUUUCAGCAAUAUCAUUAACACUUUUGAGAAGUGCACGGUAUAUAAAGGAACACUGUCCAGUGGAGUCGAGAUUGCUGUUGAUUCUACUAUUGUUACUUCUACUGAGGAUUGGUCAAAGAGCAUGGAGAUAGCCUACAGGAGAAAGAUUGCUGCCCUAUCCCGUGUUAACCAUAAGAACUUUACCAAUCUUAUUGGUUACUGUGACGAAGACGAACCAUUCACAAGGAUGAUGGUCUUUGAGUAUGCUCCAAACGGAAGCUUAUAUGAGCAUUUACAUGUUAAGGAUGUUGAACAUCUCGAUUGGAGUGCAAGGAUGAGGGUUGUUAUGGGCACAGCUUAUUGUCUUCAUUACAUGCACCAUGACCUGAACCCUCCGGUCUCUCAUUCCAACCUUAACUCAGUUUCAAUAUUGUUAACAGAUGACUUUGCUGCUAAGAUUUCAGAGAUCAGUUUUGGCACUAAUAGAUUUCCUACCAGCACAACUGGAGAGGACUCUAAGAAAUCCGAGUUGCCUCCCCAACAAGGUCCUGAAACCGAUGUCUAUAACUUUGGAAUACUGUUGCUCGAAAUCAUUUCUGGGAAACUACCUUAUUCUGAAGAACAAGGACACCUUGUGAACUGGGCUUCCGAGUUUUUGAAUGAUAAGCGAAACAUCGGCUGUUUGAUCGAUCCAACUCUCGAGUCGUUCAAAGACAACGAACUUGAUGUGAUAUGUGAGGUGAUAAAAGAAUGUGUUCAAUCUGAUCAAAGGUUAAGGCCAACAAUGAAGGAAAUAAUUUGCAAAUUGAGGGAAGUGCUUAAUGUAUCGCCUGAGCAAGCAGUCCCGAGACUUUCUCCACUCUGGUGGGCCGAACUCGAAAUCUUGUCAGUGGAGGCCACUUAAAUUUGUGUUUUGUAAAUCAAAGCCUCUCUCCAACCUGAACCAAGCUGACAGAGUAUAUAUAGCUUUGUGAUGGUAUUUGCAACUCGGAAAAUUCUUUUUUUCUUUGAUUCCAUUUGUUCCCUUGGAACUCCAUAUGAUUAAAAUACCAUAGCUAUUCUUGUGUACCAAAGGAUGUGUGUUAAGUUACUUUGCUGCAAGUGGGGUGUUGUUGUACAUUUGUACUUUUGUUAAUGAAGCUUUGUUGCAAGUGGGGGUGUUGAACAUUUGUACUUUUGUUGAUGAAUCUUGAAAUGUAAGAAAUCUUGAUAUAUUAUAUAUUGCUAUUGCUAUCAAA